CACAGCCUGUGCCCAUUCCUACCAGGAGUGGCUAAGUGUCAAUAGGCUUCUUUUCUUCCAGGGAGGCCAGGUGGGCUUUUCUCUACCUAGUACUUUGGAGGUGGGGGGGGGGCAUGAGAGAGGGGUUUAGAAUCUUCUUAUAUAUCAGGAACCAAGUAAGGUUUUGAUUGAGAACUAAGAUCCUAUAAAAAGAAAGUAUAAAACUAUCAGGAUAAAGAAAACCUAGAAGCCUCCUCUCUCCUGUGACAGCCCCUAGGACUCCUGAGGAAAUGGCAUGAAAUUGGCUGUAUUUGCAGAGGACUUCUCCCAUAUCUGUAAUGUUUAUUUAGCUGUGGGUGGUAGGUACAUAGUGUUCAUCAUUUUAUCUCUAUAACUUGGUGUAUGUGAAAAAUACUAAAUUGUACAAAUUCAAACAAAUAGAAACACAGACUUUGCCAUGAUUGCCAUCUACCCUUCCACUCCCAGCCAUACACAAACAGGGCUGACCAGGGAGAUUCUGUCACAGGUCUGCAAGGAUGGCAGAUGUCUCACAUGGGUUGGAGCUCUUAGUUCAAAACAAAAUUUUACCUAGUCCAGCUCAGGCCUGCAGCUGUCUUCACUGAGAUGCUUGGUAAAAAGGUUGCAUUUUCUCCUUCUAGGAAGGGGGAGCUUCAUCCUGUUCCAUUUCCAUUCUUUUCUCUUUCUCUUAGGUAUGGUGGGAGGAAUUUGAGACUAUGCACAAGUCUUCAUUAUGGUCUUCUGUCAAUUCAUACUCAGCCUGUUUUCCCUCACAGCUGUUAAUGUUAAAACUGCAGAGAUUUACAGAGCCUCUUUUCAAGAUCGGGGUCCAGAGGAAGAACUACGCGCUGCGCGGGCUUUAACAGGGGGACCAAUGAUUAGCAUUUACGAUGCAAAGACAGAACAACUUCAGAUAGGACCGUAUUCCUGGAUGCCAUUUCCUCAUGUGGAUUUCUGGUUGCAGCAAGAUGAUAAAGAAAUACUAGAGAACUUUUCCACUUCACCUUUGGCUGAGCCGCCCCACUUUGUUGAACAUAUUAGAUCUACCUUGAUGUUUUUAAAAAAACACCCAUCUCCAACUAACAAGCUGUUUCCUGGAAAUAAAGCUCUACUCUACAAAAAAAAUGAAGAUGGUGGCUUAUGGGAAAAGAUCUCUUCUCCAGGAAGCUAAACGUAGGAUAUUACCAAAGAAAGCAACUUUUUGGCAUGACAAAGACCAUUGAUGGGGGCUGGAAAGAAUAUGGAUUUGGAACCUACAUCCAUUGAGCUCCUUUACUUGGCAUCUUUCAAAUGACUUUCAAAAUAAAUCUUAUUUUGGCAAAGGCA